AUGCGGCGGGUAAAGCCCCUGGGCGAGGAGCACCACCAGAGUCAGGAGUACCCCUCGACUAGCAAGGAAAUGCACACGAAGCCCAACUUUUUUCGCCGAAAGUGGCGGAAGGCGCGCAGCGACGUCAUUAAUGCGUUUUUGACGCGAUAUAGGCGCUGCGUUUUCUCGUUCAAGAAAUGUUUGGUGGAGAACACGGAAGCUGAGUAUGAGAGGAGGAGAAGCCAAGCGAAGCUGACACCCUUGCCAGACAAAAAGCUUCGAAAAGCUACCGCCAACCUGAAGCGCACCCCGACCAACGAGCUGGAGCGAUUGCGGAAGAAGGGCGAUGACUGGACAGCAAAUGACCUCUUCAGAUUUCAGUACUCCGACCCUGAGGAGGGCACCCCGGAAGAGCGCCGGAAGCUGUGCCACGAUUGGAUCAACCGGUUGCAGAAGAUCCAGAAGAAAUUUUGCUACCUGGCUUGGUACGCCUCCGCCCUGCACGCCUGCUACUACCGACUCGCGCCCUUGUUAAAAGAUGCCGAGGAGAGAAAACGGCAUUGGGAGGAGGUGAAACGCGAGUACGCGGAAAUUUUCCUGAUGGGCCGCCGGAUUUGGCGUCGACCGACCCACCCAUCACGCUUGCGAGUCUUCUACGAUUUUGCCGUGUUGUGCACGCGAUUUGGGGAAGUACCGGAUGAUCUGACGAUCGUCUACUUCCGUGACCUGCUCUCCGACGGCGACAACUUUGACUUCAAGGUCCUCUCCGAGAUCCAGUAUGCAAAUUCGAUCGAUAAGGUUGUCCGUCUCGAAAACUACGUCAUCGACCAGUUCUACUCGAGGCGAAGAAGUACGGGGAGUAGCGAUGCCUCGCCGAAUCGGGACGGUUCCGAUCGGGAAUCUAGGAGGCCUUCGGAGUGCGCAGAGACGAGCAAGGAAUCUCGAAUGAAGGAAGCUCGCGACAGAAUCCGAGCCAAAGUCCAGAAGAAAGAGGACAGCUUGGACGUCGAAAAAGAAGAAGAGAAGCCCUCCUCCCUUCUCUGCCCCGAUCGGCCACCAAUUCCAUCGGAUUCUUGCGACGAGCUGCAGGAGAUUCUUGACCACGCCGAAGUUGUUGAGAACCUGCACUCAGCCGACGAGCUGCCCGACGAGUUCGUCAUCCUCUCCUUAGAGCAGAACGUCGAGGAGCAGAUCGUCGAGGCGGAGGAGGACGUGGCUAGACCAAGGAGCAUUCUCGUCCCAACUAUUGUCAUCGAAGGUCCCGAGGGCUCGAUUGUGACGAGGAGGGGAUCAAGCAGACGCAGCUCGCAGACCCAAUCCCGCCCCGUCUCUCCGAAGCAAAUUGUACGUUUCGACGAGAGCGCA